AUGCCCUUUCAACAGCAGCCAGAGAGCAGUGACAGACCAGGAGCGCUCAGCCAAGCCGAUCCACAGAGGAACGCUUGGAGAACCCAGAGGGGGGAGAAGAGAAGAAAGGAAGAGAAAGAGGAAAAGGAAAGAAGAAGAGAGGGGAACGAAGAGAGAAUGAGAGAGAGAGAAAAGAAAGAAGUACAGAGGGAGAAAGUAUUAAAAGGAGAGGAGAAGAGAGAGAGAGAGAGAGAAUGAGUAUAGAAGAGGGAGAGGAAAAAAGAGGAGGAUGAGAGAAUGAUACAGAGGGAGAAAGUAUUAAAAGCAGAGAUAGAGAGAGAGGGGGAAGAAAAAGAGAAAAGAAAAGAAGAGAAAAGGAAAGAAGUAAGAAAGACACCUGAUCCGCUCCUGGCCGCAGAAACUGCUGAGCUGUCGGUCGUUCCCAUGAGGGCCGCGCUCUUUCGGCCCACCGCCACCUUCGCGGCUCCCCUGGGAAACUUCUGGCUCCAUCAGCAAGGACGGACACUAACAAUGCUGGGUGCUAAAUAUUAA